UGUUCUGUGAGAACAAUGAACACCAGGCAUCUGCUGAUCUCCUGCUGGCUAACUCUCUGCAACUCACUCUCUGGGACUGGGACUCCUCCCACCACUGUGACCGGAGCUCAGGGACACUCAGUCUCCUUACUUUUUGGGAUCCCAGUCAGUCCAGACUUUGAGGUUCAUUGGAUUCGGGUAUCGCCCAGAAUCAAGAUUGUGAAGUACUUGAAUGGGAACAUCAGCUACUUCAGUAAUGAGCAGUACAAGAACAGGAUAACCUUUCACCCUGGGAGCAUCAGUCUGGAAAUCCAUGAUCUACGGAGAGAGGACUCUGGUGAUUAUGAGGUGAUGUUUGCAGCUGCAAGUUCAGGAGCUGAAAAUAAAACAACAGUGCGACUGGAGGUGUACGAGCCCGUGUCAGGAGCAAACAUCAUGGUUCAGAACAUCACUGGGACUUGUAACCUCACCCUGACCUGCUCCGUGACCUCUGGCAACCACACCAGAUUCAGUUGGUGGAGAGGAGAAGUUACAGGAGACAACAGCAGCCAGCACUUCUGGAAAGACGGAAAGACGAUACAGGUUGAUUGCAUAGCAGAGAUGGAGGAUGUUGUGUACAGGUGUGAGGCCAGCAACCCCAUCAGUGAGGACACCGCACAGGUCCGGCUGGGGGACGUCUGUAAUCUGGACACAUGUCGUGAGAAACCUCUUCUACUCUCUGUUACAGCAGUGCCAGAUGCAGUGAUCCUGGUGAUCAGAUUGUUCGUGGUGGGGACCCUCCUGAUCUUUGCUCUCACUGUGAUCCUCAUGGUCACACGGAGGAGAAGACCUGAGGGAAGGGAAGUAACUUCAGGGACUGAAGGCAAGUCGAUCUGA